GUUCUGCUCCGUCUUCCCGCUGCAGCCGCCCGAAGAAAAAAAAAAGGGGAACCCAGCCAUGCUCGAGAAACUAGUGAGAAAGCUUGGAUUUCUCCUUCUUUUCUUGCUCUACAACACAUGUAGAACCCAGAAAUUCUUUCCCCCUGCUGGAAAACCCGGAUCUGCUCUGUCCUUCCUCUCUUGUCCGCCGGCUGCUCCUGCUUUAUGGGGGCGAAUUGCUUUGAAUUUUCGAUCCGUGAGUUUCUCCCUUGCACUGCCGCCGGCUUCUUCCCCCUGCUAGGUCCGGUUUCUACAGCUGGAGAAUUAUGGAAGUGAAACCGAGGACGGGGAAACCACGGGAAGUGACGAGUUAGAAAGCUAGCCAUUUCAAGAUUGAUAUAAAUUUUAGAAAUAAAUCAUGAUCUUGUAUUUGGAGAUUUUAUGAUAUUAGAGAGAAUUUUAUAAUUUGAUCUUCAGAUUUUGGUGGCAUCAGAGUGUGAUAUAAUAAGUUCCGAGCCUUGUGCACUUGUGGGACUCGUCUCACGAGUGUACGGCGUCUGUCCUGCCUCGGAUUUGGGUUCUGGGCCGUGACAGUAAGAUAAGAAGUAAUUACGUAUUCCUUAGAUUUGCAACUAAAACUAUUCUUUUAGUUGAAUUUUAGGCACUUUGUUCAAUAGCUUAUAUUUGUUAAGUUAUAUACAUUUUAUUAAAUAUCAAAGGUAAUGAUAAUGAGGUGCUCUCAUUGAAGUAUAAGAACUAGUGUUAAGAAAAUUAGUUUGUUGUCAAGUUUUAAUAUUUAUUUUUUAGUUCUACAUUUAUAGAGGUUUCUUGCUAUUAAGCUCUAUUUCUACCAAAUAUCAUUUGUGCUUAGGUGUUUUAAUUAAAAUAGGCUUUGUUUU